GAGCCAAGACAAAACUCGCCUAUAAACCAUGUUGUUUUCUCUCAAGGAACAAUCAAACUUGCAUAAAUAUCCGCUGAUUGCAGUCCAGAAAGGCUGAAAGAGGCUGAAAGCCAUGGGGUGUUGAUGUUUAACCUGCCGCUGCUGCUGCCCUCAGGCCACUGCCACCGCCGUCUCUUCUCCAAUUAGCAACAGCAACCCGAAGGAACAUCCCACGAGGCUCGCAUCCAUGCAAGGCGGCGGCCAUGACGCGCUGCGCGACGCCUUCUUCUUCUUCCCCUCCCCCUCGCCCUCCUCCCCGGCGAUGGCGGCCGCGCUGGAGCAGCUGCUCCGGGCGUGGCGGCUGGUGAGGAUCGAGUUCCUGGCGCCGCUGCUGAGGGCGGCGGUGGCGCUGUGCGUGGUCAUGUCGGUGAUCGUGCUGGCGGAGAAGGUGUUCCUCGGGGUCGUCAGCUCCGUGGUGAAGCUGCUCCGCCGGCGGCCAAGGAAGCUGUACAAGUGCGAUCCCAUUGUGGGGGACGAUGAGGAUGGCCGUGGCUCCAUGGCCUUCCCCAUGGUUCUCGUCCAGAUCCCCAUGUACAACGAGCGAGAGGUUUAUCACCUGUCAAUUGGGGCUGCCUGCAGGCUCACAUGGCCGGCAGAUCGUUUAAUAGUGCAGGUCUUGGACGACUCCACCGACGACACCAUCAAGGAGCUGGUGAGGGAGGAGUGUGAGAGGUGGGGCAAGGAAGGGGUGAACAUCAAGUACGAGACGCGCAAGGACAGGGCCGGGUACAAGGCCGGGAACCUCAAGGAAGGGAUGGCGCACGGCUACGUGCGCCAGGGAUGCGAGUUCGUGGCCAUGUUCGACGCCGACUUCCAGCCCGCCCCCGACUUCCUCCUGCAGACUGUCCCGUUUCUCGUCCACAACCCCAGCCUCGCGCUCGUGCAGACCCGCUGGAAAUUCGUGAAUGCCAACGACUGCCUGCUGACGAGAAUGCAAGAGAUGUACAUGGACUACCAUUUCAGGGUGGAGCAGGAAGCUGGCUCCUCCCUCUGCAACUUCUUCGGCUACAAUGGUACUGCUGGCGUUUGGAGAAAGCAAGCGAUCGUCGAACCGGGAGGUUGGGAGGACCGAACGACCGCCGAAGACAUGGACUUGGCGCUGAGAGCAGGACUCCGGGGCUGGGAAUUUGUGUACAUCGGUGGCAUUCAGGUUAAGAGCGAACUGCCGAGCUCUCUGAAGGCGUAUCGGUCCCAACAGCAUCGCUGGUCGUGCGGACCUGCGCUCCUGCUGAAGAAAAUGUUCUGGGAAAUCCUAGCUGCCAAGAAAGUCUCGGUCUGGAAGAAGUUCUACAUGAUAUACGACUUCUUCAUCGCAAGGAGGAUCGUAUGGACGUUCUACACCCUCUUCUUUUUCAGCGUCGUGGUUCCUGUCAGCGUUUUCUUUCCGGAAGUGCGGAUCCCGGUGUGGGAACUGAUCUACAUACCUGCAGCGAUCAGUCUUCUCACCUCGGUCGGCACUCCAAGGUCGUUCCAUCUGAUUGUCCCGUAUUUCUUAUUUGAGAACGUCAUGGCAUUGCAUCGGUUUAAGGCAAUCUUAAUCGGGUUCUUCGAGGCGGGAAGGGCGAACGAAUGGAUCGUCACACAGAAGCUGGGGAAUGUUCAGAAGCAGAAAUCUGUCGCCCACGUUACAAAGAAUCGCCGUCUGAAGGACAGGUUCCAUUGCCAUGAGCUACUAAUGGGCGUGCUUCUUCUCAUGUCUGCAUGCUACGACUACUUGUGCACAGACGAUUAUUUCUACGUCUUUGUCUUCCCCCAGUCGAUCAUGUAUUUCGCAGUUGGGUUUAACUACAUGGGCGUCAGUGUGUCCAGCUGAAUAAAAGGGCAAACAGGGAGCAAUUUGCAUGGUUUGGAUGCAAGCAAAACCAGGCUGCAUCAAAGGGUUUCUUGUGACUUUACAACGGACAAGAUGUAGUACUCCGCUGAAAUAGUAGUAGUAAUCAACAAGAGGAUAUAUAGCUCGCUAUCCAUCGAUCCUUUGAUGCGCAAAGAUGCAUCGAGUACCUUCGAUGUGUUUUGAACACAACUGCUAUCUAUGUCUCGGCAAGUGUUGUAUUCACAUAUGUAGACGUGUUUGGAUGCAAUUAAAAUCCAUCCGUCACAGGAGCUGUUAUGACAAAAUAGUUUCACUCA